AUGACUGAUUAUAUUGGCCAUCCUUUGGGGCUAGUAGGAUGGUUUGCCCGAACGAUCCAAGCCAUCAGCUCGAUCAUCGUCCUCGGAAUUACAGCCUGGGCUGUACAAGAGAACAACAAGACGCUCAGCGUUAUUUUUUCUCUUGUCAUUGCUACAACGAGUCUGGUCGUCUUAGCUGUAGCUGUAGGCAUUAGCUGCCUCGGACGUCGGGCCAAAUGGCACAUUAUCCCACUACUUGUCACUGACGCAGUCAUAUCCUAUCUAUGGCUCACCUCGUUCAUUCUGCUCGCUCUGAACUUCAACCGGAGGACCUGUCGCGUGAACCGCUGGAUCGGAGAAGUAUCUUGCUCCCGAAGCUAUACUGCCGAGGCAUUUAGUUUUAUUGCAUUCUACGAAGCCCUAUUAUGCAAUUUGCAUACUGCACCUAUCCAGAUCGUCUUAUUAAUUCAAGUUGGAUGUACAAAUUGCAUUGAUGCUGAAUUGCCUGUUAUUUUCAUCUCUGAGUUUCUAACGUCAGUUCCCUGCAAAAAUAUUAUCCGGAUGAACUUCAAUGAGCUUUGUAUACCCCAAGUGGACCGAGAACAACAUAGCGCAGGUGUUGGCGAUUUAAAUGGAUGGUACAAGCCUGCCAAUUCAUUGACUUAG